AUGAUACGUGAAAGACAAGCAAUCAAAAGCAGUAAUACUCUAUCUAAAUGGAUAUCAACCGGUUUAUUGGCAUUGAGUCAUAGAAUGCUUUUUGAACCUUCAACUCUGGCUCUAUUCGGAGAAAUUGAUCCACUUUCAAUCGAAUAUGAUUUUGAUCUUUUCGAUAGUAAAAUUCAUUAUCUUACUGCACUUCUUCCAUUAUGGGUCUACUCAAUUUUCUUCCGACGCGUCUUGCAAGUUCGUUCUCGUUUGAACAAUUCAUGGCUUAAAAAACGGCAUCCACCACGUGAGAGUGAUUUUGUUCGAGAUCGAGCAAUUUUUAUUCUCGAUCAUCCAGAAUCAUUUUCAGAUGUACAAUAUGGUGGAAAUCAAACUGCUAUGUUAUGGGUAUCUUUGGGAAAUAGUAUUCCAGCCGUGUUUUGGUGUUUACUCUAUAUUUUACGCGACGCAAAAGCUGUAGAAAGUAUUCGGCAAGAAAUCAAUCAGUAUUUGCCAGCAUUUUCUCUCGAUGACGAUGAUGGUAGUGCGGUAGUUGAGCAAUGGACUCUUGAUCGAUUGGCUUCAUGUGUUAAUUUGGACAGUGCAGUGAACGAAACAUUGCGCUUAGUAGCAACACCAAUGCUGAUGAGAAAAUGUAAGGAAAAAACUGACUUAUCUCUUAAAGAUGGACGCAUCCUACAUUUGGAGCCGAAUGAUGCCAUUGCAUUGUUUCCUGCCGUAGUUCAUGGUGAUCCUGAUAUAUUUCCAAAUCCAGAUAAAUUUAUCUUUGAUCGAUUCGUUCAAAAAAGUGCUGACUCUGUGCCCUCUUUUCUCCCUUUUGGUAAUGGUAAAAAUAUAUGCCCUGGACGAUUCUUUAUUAGAAAUGAAAUCAAAAUUUGCGUCGCCAUUAUUUUGCAACAUCUUGAGUUAAAAUUUGUCGAUAUGAAAACAGUUCCUAAACAAAAACCACAUCGUGUUGGUGUUGGCGUUGCACCACCUAGUGAAGACAUAACGAUUAUGUACCGUUAUAAACUGUAG